GAAGAGCCAAUGACAGACGGCGGAGGAUGACGCUAUGGACAUGGCCGCUGCAAGCUACCGGCAGGGGGACGUGUCGGGCUGCCGAGUAACUUCAGCCCGGGCCCAGAGAGCGAAACAGCUGCUUUAAUUAGUUUUUAUAUCCACCGGGCGGCGCAGCGGGCCCUCGGGGAGAGCAAGUCUCGCGGCCAUGGCUUAUCACUCAGGCUACGGAGCCCACGGCUCCAAGCACAGGGCUCGGGCAGCUCCAGACCCUCCUCCCCUCUUCGAUGACACAAGUGGUGGUUAUUCCAGCCAGCCCGGGGCAUACCCUGCUUCAGGAGGAGACGUUGCCUUCAAUGUCAACCACUUGCUUGGGGACCCAAUGGCCAAUGUGGCUAUGGCCUAUGGCAGCUCCAUCGCAUCCCAUGGGAAGGACAUGGUGCACAAGGAGCUACAUCGUUUUGUGUCUGUGAACAAACUCAAGUAUUUUUUUGCUGUGGACACAGCCUAUGUGGCCAAGAAGCUAGGGCUCCUGGUCUUUCCCUACACACACCAGAACUGGGAAGUACAGUACAGCCGUGAUGUGCCUCUGCCUCCUCGGCAAGACCUCAACGCCCCUGACCUGUAUAUCCCCACAAUGGCCUUCAUCACCUAUGUGUUGCUGGCUGGAAUGGCACUGGGCAUUCAGAAAAGGUUCUCCCCGGAGGUGUUGGGCCUGUGCGCUAGCACAGCACUGGUGUGGGUGGUGAUGGAGGUGCUGGCCCUGCUCCUGGGCCUCUACCUGGCCACCGUGCGCAGUGACCUGAGCACCUUCCACCUGCUGGCCUACAGCGGCUACAAAUAUGUGGGAAUGAUCCUUAGUGUACUCACGGGGCUGCUGCUUGGCAGUAGUGGCUACUAUGUGGUGCUGGCCUGGACUUCUUCUGCACUCAUGUACUUCAUUGUGCGCUCUUUGCGGACAGCAGCCUUGGGUCCUGACAGCAUGGGGGGCUCGGUGUCCCGGCAGCGUCUCCAGCUCUACUUGACUCUGGGAGCUGCAGCCUUUCAGCCUCUCAUUAUAUACUGGCUGACCUUCCACCUAGUCCGGUGACCCCUGGCCCCAGAAAGCACUGAUUUUUCCAUACAUUGAAGAUUUGAUUUCCUUGA